AUGAUCACAAAGCGCACGUUUGUGCUGGGCGUUACCGCCAGCGCAUUUCUGCCUGGCUUGCCUGCCCGGGCCCAUACGCCAACGCUCGACCCUAAAUUCCUGCCGCAAAAUGUCCGUAUGUCGGGCUAUGCGCCGGGCACCAUCAUCAUCGACCCACGCAACCAUUUUCUGUAUCUGCAGCAAGGCGGCGGACAGGCACGGCGCUAUGGCGUCGGCGUCGGCCGGGCAGGUCUGGCCUUCAAGGGCACGGCCGUCAUCGGCCGCAAGGCCGAGUGGCCUCGCUGGACACCAACCCAAAACAUGAUCCGCCGCGAGCCGGAGAAGUACGCCCGCUAUGCCGGCGGGGUCCCCGGCGGGCCGAACAAUCCGCUCGGCGCGCGGGCGCUUUAUCUCUACCGCAAUGGCAGAGACACGCUCUACCGGAUUCACGGCACCAACCAGCCGCAAUCCAUUGGGCAGUCGGUGUCCAAUGGCUGUAUUCGCAUGAUCAACGAUCAUGUGGUCGAUCUGUAUGAGCGCGUGCCGCUCGGCGCGAAGGUGGUGGUGCUAUGA